GCUCCGAACCGGCCCCGGAUCCUUCCCGCACUCGCCUCACGCUUACCAGAAAGCUUGUCCCUCUCCGCCGAGCUGCUCCGGGAGCCCCGCUGCGCCGAGGGUAUCUCCCAGAGCCCCAGCUGGUGUGGCCAGGCCCCAGGAGUAGGAUGGGGCUCCCCCUACGAGGGCUGGUGGCAGCCAGAACUGAUACAUCCCGCCUGGUCUGGGGCCAGGACGCCCCAGCUGAGGAGGGCAGGAGUGUCUGGAGCCAUGGCUGGUGCCUCGGUGAAAGUGGCAGUGAGGGUUCGGCCCUUGAACGCCCGCGAGACCAGCCAGGAUGCCAAGUGUGUGGUCAGCAUGCAGGGCAACACUACCUCCAUCAUCAACCCUAAACAGAGCAAGGAUUCCCCCAAAAGCUUCACCUUUGACUAUUCCUACUGGUCACACACUUCGGUGGAGGACCCCCAGUUUGCAUCUCAGCAGCAAGUGUGUCGGGACAUUGGAGAAGAGAUGCUGCUCCACGCCUUUGAAGGCUAUGACGUGUGCGACUUUGCCUACGGGCAGACCGGGGCUGGGAAAUCCUAUACCAUGAUGGGGCGGCAGGAGCCAGGGCAGCAGGGCAUCGUGCCCCAGCUCUGUGAGGACCUCUUCCCUCGCGUUAGUGAGAACCAGAGUGCUCAGCUAUCCUACUCUGUGGAGGUGAGCUAUAUGGAGAUCUGUUGUGAGCGGGUACGAGACCUCUUGAACCUCAAGAGUCGGGGUUCUCUGCGGGUCCGGGAGCACCCCAUCCUGGGCCCCUACGUGCAGGACCUGUCCAGAUUGGUUGUGACCUCCUACACAGACAUUGCUGACCUCGUGGACUGUGGAAAUAAAGCACGGACUGUGGCUGCCACCAACAUGAAUGAGACCAGCAGCCGUUCCCAUGCCGUCUUUACCAUCGUCUUCACAGAGCACUGCCAUGACCAGCUCACGGGGCUAGACUCGGAGAAAGUCAGUCAGAUCAGUUUGGUGGACCUUGCUGGGAGUGAGCGAGCCGACUCCUCAGGGGCCCGGGUCAUGUGCCUGAAGGAGGGAGCCAACAUCAAUAAGUCCCUGACUACACUAGGGAAGGUGAUCUCGGCCCUUGCAGAUAUGCAAUCAAAGAAGCGGAAGUCGGAUUUUAUCCCCUACAGGGACUCUGUGCUCACCUGGCUGCUCAAGGAAAAUUUGGGUGGGUGGGAACUCACAGCAAUGAUGGCAGCCCUGAGCCCUGCUGACAUCAAUUACAAGGAGACUCUCAGCACCCUCAGGUAUGCUGACUGCACCAAGCAGAUCCGCUGCAAUGCCAUCAUCAACGAGGACCCUAAUGACCGGCUGAUUAGAGAGCUGCAGGAGGAAGUAGCCCGGCUGCGGGAACUGCUGAUGGCUCAGGGACUGUUAGCCUCUGCUCUGGAAGGCCUGAAGAUGGAAGAAGUGAGUGUCAGAGGCGCCCUGCCAGCUGUGUCAUCUCCCCUGGCUCCAGUUUCACCCUCAUCACCCACCACACAUCAUGGGGAGCUGGAGCCGUCAUUCUCCCCCAACACGGAGCCCCAGAUUGGGCCUGAGGAAGCCAUGGAGAGGCUGCAGGAGACAGAGAAGAUUAUAGCUGAGCUGAACGAGACGUGGGAGGAGAAGCUACGCAAGACAGAAGCCCUGAGGAUGGAGAGAGAAGCAUUGCUGGCUGAGAUGGGGGUGGCCGUCCGGGAGGAUGGGGGAACUGUGGGCGUCUUCUCUCCAAACUAG